UGAUUUUUUUUUGUUUGUUUUGUUUUGUUUUCUAGAAAACAAAAAACAUAAAUUGAGUUGUUUUUAUUGUUGUUGUUAUCUGCCUCUGGCUCUGAUACGCCGUUGAAAAAACUCCCAAAUGGAUCAGUGAAUUAAAACGGUAAUCCUAUUUUAUUGUCAUUCUGUUGUGUAAAUUCAACGCAUUCAUUCUCUGAAAACGUGAAAAAAAAAAAAUCUGCUGAAUUCUUCAAAUUCUGCUACUUGCUAUAAUAUUGGACCAAAUUUCUCUCCAUAAGAUGUGAAGACGUGAAAAAGCGGCGUGGGUGUGAAUACUGAUGCACGCGCUGUAAGGAUGUGAAUCAAGUCUCUUCACGCUGAUGUGUCACGCGUGAUGGGCGGGACUUUUCCUCGCAGUGGGGUCAGGGGCCCCUUCAGGUCCAAGGCGUCUGGGGAUGAACCCGCAGACACAUUUCCACGUCACAGAUUCAAUCUUCAAACUGUAUACUGCGGUUUUUGUUUCUUUUUUUUUUCCUCGUGGGUUUUUGUGUGUGUUUGUUUUUGUUUUUUUUGGUGUCGGUUCGUGGGAAUCUGAGCCCCAGGAAAACAGAAAAAGCUCUCCCUUGUGUCUGUCACUGUGACCGCCCACAGCCCGGAGCUGAGCGGGGGGAGAGAGAAAGUGGAGCUUUGUGAAUGACGGGAGCGGCGGAGAGCAGAAAACAAACUUUACCACUUUAUUCCCUCCAGCCUGCCUCCAUUUUCCCUCCCAGACAAUAAAGUUCGGAUGUUUAGGAGCCGACACCGAACCGGAGGAGUCCCGAUGCAUGCAGAGCAGCAGCCUGGCCGUGACUGGAAUAACUGUUGGAGGUGGCAGAUCAUUCCGAGCCAGAAUGGACCACAGCUUCCCGAAGAGCAACGAUUUUACGCCUUUAAGCCAAUAAAACCGCAUAAAGGGACAAUAAAAAUCAAAAUAAGCUGCUGUGCCGUCGACGUUUUCCAGAAAGGUUGCAGAAGAUGUUCGUUACUUUCUGGAUUUGUUUCUGCCUGCUGGUGAUGGUCGGUGCGGACUCUUGCCUCAUCAUCAGCGAGAUCAACGCUGAUAACCCCGGACUGGACACCACCGAGUUCGUGGAGCUGUACCACACCAGCGGACAGCGAGCCUCCCUGGACGGCUACACCCUGGUGUUUUAUAACGGCAAAGGGAACGUAGCCUACAAGGUUCUGGACCUGAAGGACCACAGCACGGACGACAGAGGAUUCUUCCUGGUCGGCUCCUUGGACCUGGUGCCCAAGCCGGCCAUCCUCCUUCCCCCAAACACGGUCCAGAACGGCCCGGACGCCGUGGUCCUCUACCGCACCGCCGCCGCCGCCCGCUACCUGGAGAAGAUGAACGUCACGGCGGUGGGGCUGGUGGACGCCGUGGUCUACAUGACGCGGCGCUCCGGGGGAGCCGAGUUCCUGGCGGAGGUCCUGACGCCCGGAGAACCGGCGUUUGUUGAAGACGAAGCGGCGCACGAAGCGGACGAGUCGAUCGAAAGGUGCCUGCUGUCGGACGACCAAUGGGGCUUCCGGGUGUCGCUGCCGUCUCCAGGUCAGCGGAACAACUGCACUCCGCCGGCCGCGCCGCUGACCAGUCCCUUCAUUAACGAGCUGAAGCUGGGCAGCGGACAGGUGGACGGGUCGGUGGAGCUGACGGACGUCUCGGCUGCAGGGCCCGUGGUUCUGGUGGUUUGGGACGGGAAAACGGACAAGGUUAGCGUUAGCAUGGACGUGGACACGUCCAGGAAUGGACUCAACUUUAUGACCGUCAACAAGAAAUACAUGAAAGGCGAUGAGUCUGGCGCUGUGGCCAUUUACAGCGGCAGAGCUGCAGACUUCCCGGUGGGGAGUCCGCUGAGGCAGACGCAGCCGCUCGACGCGUUCGUGUUCGCCGGGCCUGGAAACAAGCCGAGCUCCAACCUGACGGAGACGCUGAUCCCCGGCAGGCUGCCCUACCAGCUCAGCACCAGUUUGCGAGAGGGCGGCUUCUACCUGAGCCGCUGCGGUGUGGCUACCUGGGCCAGAGAUCCCGGCACCUUCUGGGAGGCGCCACAGACUCCCGGGCUGCCCAACAAAUGCCCCUGGCCCAAAAUCUGCCCCCACACCAUCUUGAUCCCUGGCGGAACGGAUUCGCCGCCUCACCUGCCGCCGGGCAGCAGCGGCGACUUCCUGAUCAAUGAGCUGAACACGGACACGCCGGGCGCGGCCGAGGACGGGGAGUACAUCGAGCUGUGGCACCCGUCGGGCCUGCGGGCCUCGCUGCAGGGCGUCUGGAUCCUGCUCUUCAGCGCGCACAACAACAAGCCGUACCGGGAGAUCAGCCUGAGCGGCCACUUCACCACCUCCAAGGGUUACUUCCUGCUGGGCAGCGACAGGCUGGCGCCGGCGCCGUCGCUCCGCCUUCCUCCCAACACCAUCCAGAACGGGCCGGACGCCGUGGCGCUGUACCGCAGCCUGUCCGGCCCGCCGUCGGCGGCCCAGAGGGGGAUCCCGACCCGGGGCCUGCUGGACGCCGUGGUGUACCGGCAGAGGGGGUCGGACAUGGAGGCGCAGGAGCUGAGCCAGGCGCUGACCCCGGGGCAGCUGCCGCUGCUGGAGGAUCCCGAUGUUCUGCCCGGCGAUGAAGCACUCAGCCGCUGCGGAGGCCUCUACCCGUUGGACCUGUCGGCUUUCUCGGUGGCUCCGCCCACUCCUCUGCGGGAGAACGUCUGCCCCCGUCCUCCUCCGGCGCCGGAAGGCGUCGUCAUCAGCGAGGUGUCGAGCGCGCGCUGGAGCAACCACAGCCAGCAGGGGGGCUUCGUGGAGCUGCAGGGGCCGGCCCUGACCGACCUGCGGGGCCUGGUGCUCUCCGUGUUCGACCAGGACGCCGGCGGCACCGCCGUCGCCGUCCCGUUACGAGGAGUCAUCGACCAGGACGGCUUCUAUGUUGUUGGACAUGGCCAUGACGCAGAUCAGGCCUUUCCUGAGGGAGCCUCGGUGCCGGCGGCAGGAGCCGCGGUCCUCUGCUACGACCUGUUCAGCGUCUGCAGGGCCGGGACGGCGCUGACCAACUCCAGCCUCAGAGACGUGCUGGUGUUCAGCGAGAACCAGCGGCUGCUCGCCUCCCUGUCCACCACCAGGGGGCGACAAGUCCUGCCGUCUCUCAGGUGGUCCGUGGGGAACGGUCCCGUCUCGCUCAGCCGCUGCUCCUGCUGCCAGGUCCGCAGCCCGUCGUCGUGGACCAGCUCGUCUCCAACGCCGCAUAGCAACAACGUCUGUCCAAGCUCCGCCUACUCCAGUCAAAUCGACCUCUGCCUCGGACCGCCGGCCAGCAGCUGGCAGGAGCAGCCGGGAGAAUGCAGCGCUUUGAUUCAGGGAGCAAAGAUGGCGGAAGUGGCGGAUUACCUGGAGCAGAGGUGCGACUGCGGCAUCUCGGCUCUCUACCUGCAAGGCACCAACGUUUCCUGCGUGUCCGGAUGGCUGCGGGUGCAGGGCGACAUCCAGGCGCUGUCUGACCACCAGAGGGCGCUCAUCAUCCAGACGGCCAGCGCGGAUUCCUCUGCUGCUCGGGCCGAGACCUGCUCUCCUCCCAGCACCGGCCGCUACACCGGAGCAGCGUCGGCUCUGGGUUUACAGAUCGGACUGAUCGUCACCGUCCUGCUGCUGCUCGGACUCGGAGCGGCUCUGUUCACAUACCUCUACAGGAGGAGGCGUCCGUUGGACUACUACACCAUGGAGCUGAGCGAACACGCGGAGGGCCUGUCGGAUCUAUAACCGGCGUGUUUUGAGGCGGUCAGCGGAUGUUUUCAGGUAUUUGUGAGCGCGGACGCUGCAGGCGGAUCUCCGAUGGAAAAGACUUUGUAAAUGUUCAGGAGGGAGCCGCGCAGCGCGAUGCGGCGUUUCUGGCUCCAGAUAAUGACGUAGCUUUCUAAAGACGGAUGUGCGACUCUUUGAAACUGCUGGUUAUCGACUGUAAGGGAAAUACAGAAGGAAGAGGGAACACUUUUUCUUAUUACUUGAGUCCUAAAUACUCAUUUGUUCACUUGUUUGUUCCACUUUUUAAACCGAAGCAUCUUUAUUUUGGAUCAUUUUUGCAGGAAGCUCCUAAAUAAUCCUUGUUCUUAAAAACAGUCCGAUUUUAUUUUAGGUCGCUUGUCCCUUAAAUGUGAAUGGCUUCUAAUGGUCCAAUGUGCCUGUAACCACUCUGUGUGCUUACUUAAAGCGAAUUGUUUACACUUUCCCAAUUGAGAAUUUGAAGAAAAAUGAUCCUAAAUGAGGAAUGUUUGGAAAUUACAUUGUUUUUUUCUUGAGAACCGAAUGCCUGCUGUUUUCCAUUGGGAUGCACCGAUUGCUCUGCUGAUUAUUGGAAUUGGCCGAUAAGGUUUCAUGCUGAAGUGGAAAUUUCCUUCAAACUUCAGUAAUUUGAACUUUGAUCACAGAGGAAUCUUUAUGAAUCAUUGAUCUGUUUUGCUUUUUAAAUACAAAAAUUGGGUGAACAAGUUUUUUGUAUUUUUGUUUACAACAAACAGAAAACCUGGAGAUAUAAACACCCCGCCCAGUAGGGGGCAGACUUCCCGACCGGAACAGAGCUCUCUAAAACCUGACUAUUUAUCUCAUAUGUAGUUUUUUAUUUUUGAGGACUUUUCUGUCAGGCUAAAGUUUGAGUUGUAUGCAGACAUCUUCGUUGCAUUCUGCGGCUAAAGCUAACUAGCUGCUAAUAUACCUUUUGGGGCUAGCUAGCCAGCUAGCGAGCUUUUUAAAGUACGUAAUGGGUACGUGCAAAUUUAUCACCAAUUUAUCAUUUUUAUACAAGUCUUAAAAAGUCUUACAUUUGAGUUGGUGAAAUUGCAACAUUUCAAAUUUUAUUUAAAAAUAAAUUUAUUGAUUGCAAAGGGAAAUUAAAUGACCUUCAUUGUCCUUGUUGAGUCUCAGAAGGACACAAUAGUUUCCCUGCAUGAAACCUGUUGCUGUUUGAACCAGCAAACAGUUUUAAAGCCACAAAUCAAAGUUACAUCUAAAAUCUAAAAUCAACUUUUUAAUUUUUCCAUCAUGUUGCAAAGUUAUUCCCUCAUCAAAACAACCCUAGAGUGUUGCCUUGAUCAUUGAGAAAUCCUUUAAUCUCCAUGGCAACCAGUCAGCUGUUCAAAACGCCUGAGUGGACCUAGCCCCGACCCCCAGGCGCAGCUCCUCCCUUUCUCAGCUCGUGUUGAAUUACACAGUUAAAUUUGAUAUAUAAAGCAUCAUUAUAACAACCGAUAACAAUAUUCACUUCUUCACAUACAUAUUUAAAUGUUGAAUUAAGUCAGAAACAGCAUUUUGUAGCUUUUGUAGGGAAAUCUGGAUUAUGUAAUUCUUAAUUUUACAGAAAUCAAAAAUCAGACCGGCCCAGCAGCUGCAAUCGGUGCAUUUCUACUCAGAAACUUAUCGUCCAAUCAGCUGAUCUCUUACUUACAUGUGCACUCCAGCUCUGUCCUCAUCUAAUGAGAUCCUCGGAAAUGUUCAAUGUUUUCCUGAAAAGCAGAAAUCUGUGCAUUUAUUUUAUUUCUACUGAAAUCUGAUCUGAAUGCCUUUAAGGUUCCUCUGAUUUCUGCUGCUUCCUCUGCUAAACCUGGGAAUCAUUACAAAUCAGGCCACUUCUGCAGCCGUCAUUACUUUGUGUAUAACAGAAUAUUUUCUGGUAAACCUUAUUCUUUUCAUGAAAUAGUGGAUGUUGUAAAUUAUGAACAUUUUCUUUUUAAAAUGUCAAUUAUUUUUCUGAUUUUCUGCAGAUUCGAAUUUUUUAAAUUAUUUGUUCAUUCAGCCCUAAACAGUCAUUAUAAGCUGGUGUUUUUCAGACGUUGAAUAAAUUGACUCCCUGCAGCAGAAAAUUUCUCCAUGUCACUAAAAGCACUGGAAAAAAUGUUUGUUUUUUUCUUUAUCAACACAUUAAGUGUUCAUUUCCUCUCCAGUGUUUCACAUAUUAAACUGAAAUACCUUCA